CCAUGUUAAAUGGGAUAAGCCCAAGUUGAGUUUUGUAGUGUUUAUUACUGAAGGGAUGUUGGAUUGUGGUUGGGAAGAUGAGAGAAGCAUUUUCUCUCUUUUUCCACAAGUUAAAAUGUUGGUCAAGCUUUAAACUUGAUUACCAAGUUUUUGCAGAUACUCUCAAGUCUUGUGCUGCAAAAGCAGAUGUAAACUUGGGGAAGGCUCUUCAUAGCCAUGUUAUUAAACAAGGCCAUGUUUCUUGCCAGAUUGUUUCAAAAGCUUUACUGAACAUGUAUGCUAAAUGUAAAGCUCUUGAUGAUUGUGAGAAACUGUUUUGGGAAAUAAAGAAUUGUGAUACAGUCAUGUGGAACAUUAUCUUGUCUGGUUUUGCUGGCACUCGGGUUCAUGAUACUGAAGCAGUGCGGUUGUUUUGUGAUAUGCAUGCUGCCCAGGAACUUAAAUUGAGUACUGUAACUCUUGCUAUAAUCCUUCCAGUGUGCACGCGUUAUGGAGGUUUGAGUGUGGGUGGAUGUGUGCAUUGCUACGCUAAAAAAGCUGGAUUGGAUUCUGAUACAUUAGUAGGGAAUGCUCUGGUCUCCAUGUAUGCAAAGUUGGGGUUGGUAAUGGAUGCUUUUGCUGUUUUUGAUGGAAUUGUUGAGAAAGAUGUUAUUUCGUGGAAUGCAAUUAUUGCUGGUUUGAUGGAAAAUCAUAGUGUAGAUGACGCAUUUGAAAUGUUUCAGUGGAUGCUGAGAUUGAAAGUUCCACCAAAUUAUGCAACAAUUGUAAAUGUUUUGCCUCUUUGUGCUCAUUUGGAAGACACUGUUGGUCAUUGGGUUGGGAGGCAGAUCCACUCCUAUGUGCUAAGACGGGCCGAAUUGGCAACAGAGAUUACUGUGGUAAAUGCUCUUUUGAGCUUCUACUUGAGGAUUGGCCAAAUGGAAGAUGCUGUAACCUUGUUCAAGAGGAUGAAAUUUAGAGAUCUGGUGUCCUGGAACUCAAUAAUUUCUGGAUAUGACUCAUGUGGUCAAUGGUUGAAAGCACAGGAGUUGUUUCAUGAACUUGUUGACAUGGAUGUAAUGGGACCAGACCCUAUCACCAUAGUCAGUGUUCUUCCUGCAUGUGGCCAGUUAUCUGAUCUGCAGGCUGGAAAGCAAAUCCAUGGAUAUGUUGUUCGUCAUUCUCUGUUAUGCAAGGAUACAUCUGUACAGAAUGCCCUAAUUAGAUUUUAUUCCAAUUGUGGCUGCAAAGAAGCUGCACUGAAUGUAUUCUUGUUGAUAUCUAGGAAAGAUUUGAUAUCUUGGAACUCCAUAUUGGAUGCUCUUAGUGAGAAUAAAUAUGAAACUCAAUUUAUUGAUCUCUUGCACUGCCUGUUGAGCGAAGGAAUGAGGCUUGAUUUUAUUACUAUGUUAACAGUAAUACAGUUUUUUACUACUUUGUCCAGGAUAGAAAAGGUCAGAGAAGCUCAUGGUUUUUCUAUAAAGUAUGGCAUUUUGCUUGGUAAUAAAGAACCGACUCUUGCGAAUGCACUACUUGAUGCAUAUGCAAAGUGCGGCAACUUGGAGUAUGCAUACAGAAUUUUCGAACACAUGUCAGGACAGAAAAAUUUGGUUACAUACAAUUCAAUGAUCUCAGGAUAUGCAGAAUUUGGCUCACAUGAAGAUGCAGCAUUGAUAUUCCAGAGCAUGUCAGAGAGGGAUCUGACCACAUGGAAUCUCAUGGUGCGAGUUUAUGCUGAAAAUGAUUGUCCUAGUCAAGCUGUCAGUCUGUUUCAUAAGAUGCAAUUUUGUGGUGUAAAGCCUGAUUCCAUGUCCAUCAUGAGCCUUCUUCCUGUAUGUGCUAAAUUAGCCUCUGUCAAUAUGCUGAGGCAGUGCCAUGGGUAUGUGAUAAGGGCUUGUUUUGCAGAUGUUCAUCUUAAGGGAGCUCUCUUAGACAUAUACUCAAAAUGUGGAAACAUAAAAUCUGCAUAUAAUCUCUUCCAGUCGGCUAGUGAAAAGGAUCUUGUUUUGUUCACAUCAAUGAUUGGAGGAUAUGCCAUGCAUGGAAUGGGUGAAGGAGCUGUUGGGGCUUACUAUCAGAUGCUUGAGUCAGGUCUGAGACCAGAUAAUGUUAUCAUAACUACUGUACUAUCUGCUUGCAGUCAUACUGGUCUUGUGGAUGAAGGAUUGAAGAUUUUUGAGUCCAUGCAACUGGUGCACCACAUGAAACCAAGUAUGGAACAAUAUGCCUGUUUAGUUGAUCUCCUUGCACGAGGAGGUCGAAUCAAGGAAGCAUAUUCAUUUGCGACCAAAAUGCCGAUAAAGGCUAAUGCCAAUGUAUGGGGGGCAUUGCUUGGGGCAUGCAAAAUCCACAAUGAGGUUGAAAUGGCACGUUCCGUCGUUGAUCGCCUUUCUGAAAUCGAUUCAAGUGAUAUUGGAAACUACAUAGCUAUGUCAAACUUAUACGCUUCGAAUUCUAGUUGGGAAAAUGUCCUGAAAAUGAGGAAGCUGAUGAGGCUGAGAGAUCUGAAGAAGCCGGCUGGUUGCAGUUGGAUUGAAGUAGAGAAUAGGAAAAACGAAUUUCUAGCUGGAGACUAUUCUCACCCGCAUCGAUGCGUUAUUUAUGAGACAUUGGGCAUCUUGGAUCAUCAAAUCAGAGAGUUUUAUGAGUUUAUAAGUUAGGGGACUUUCAAAGACACUUGAAAUCACAGGCGAGCAGGUCACUUGAUACCUGGAAAAGUAGCUCAUAAGACCAGAGCAAUAAGAAAGACAAUUACCGAUAUCCAUUAGCUGUUAAGCUGAAUCAUUGUGGUUGAAUUGUUACUGAUCCAUUAGCUGUUCAGCUGAAUCAUUGUGGUUGAAUUGUUAUCGUGGAAUGAGAGUUGGUUGUCUUUCUUCUUUUAGUCAAAAUCGUGACAAGCUUCUCUCAGUUCAAACUGCAGGUAGACAAUGAUGGUGCACUCUUUUCUGGAAUUUCUAGGCACAUAGCAAAGCUGCUUCUGCUGGUGUGACCCUUGAAUUCUACAUCC